UAAUAAUUAAUGAUAAUAAUGAAUAACAUUUAAUCAUAAUUUUAUGUGAUUGAUGUGCUGAUAGAAUCAGUGUACAUUUGGUAAUAUAUUUUUACUAUUCUUGGGGUAUAACAUGGCACUUAGGUCAUUUUUGCAUAUAGGUGACAAUGCGUAUAAAUGUGUUUUCACUGCUAUAACGUUUAAACCUAAAUUAUAUGUACUUGAAGGAUAUAAAGUCAGAAAUUUUCAUAAAUUUCGAGGCAAAGUAAAACUAUCAAAAUCACAGCUACCAAAUGAAUUUUUUCAAACACAAUCUGCACAUUUUUCCAAUUUAUGGAAACCAUUUACCUUUACUAUCAUAUUUAGUGCAACGACAUUUAUUGCGGCUGCAAUUUGGGAAUAUGAAUGUAUCAGAGAUAAAACCUAUAGGAUAAUCAGAAGUUAUCAGCAAUGGGGAAUACAUCGGACAGGAUGGAGACAUACAAUGGAAAAUUGGUGGAAGAACUUAUCAGAAGGAGAAAAAAUAUUUGUUCCCAUAUGUUUCUUAAAUGUACUAGUAUUUUUAUCAUGGCAUAUUCCAGCAUUUCGACUAACAAUGUAUCGAUAUUUCUCAUGUACUCCUACAAGUAAUAGAUGUUGGCCAAUGGUGUUUGGAACAUUUUCUCAUUGUUCCCUUGUUCAUCUAAUUAUCAACAUGUAUGUAUUAUAUGGCUUCUCUAAAGUUGCUGUGGCUGAAUUGGGUAGAGAACAAUUUUUGACACUCUAUUUAACUAGUGGAGUAAUAUCUAGUUUCUCAAGUCAUUUAUACAAAGCUGCAGUUGGUAUAAAAGAUCCUUCUUUGGGAGCUUCAGGAGCAAUAAUGGGUGUCUUCGGAUUUGUGUGUACUCAAUUUCCAAAUGCACAUCUGUCUAUUGUUUUUCUUCCAAUGUUAAAAUUUACAGCAAGUAUAGUUAUGAAAGCUAUAAUGGGUUUAGAUACCUUGGGAUGUCUUAUGCGCUGGCAACGUUUUGACCAUGCAGCACAUUUGGGAGGAGUAUUAUUUGGAAUAUUUUGGCAAAUGUGGGGUAGUGCCAAUAUAUGGCAAAAACGUGAACCAGUAUUAGUAUUUUGGCAUCAAAUCCGUGAACCAUCUAAGUCUAAAUAGUUGUAAAUAACCUCUUUGUUAUGAAAUUGAUACUAAUAUACUUUGUAUAUUUGUAAUAUUAUGAAAAAUUGUGAAAGUUAUAAGAAGUGGAAUUAUAUGAAAGAGAAA